AUGCCUGGAAAAAUGACCUUCAAUGUUUAUGAUGAUGUUCAUAAAAAAAAUGCAGAAGGUAUUGAAUAUGACUUAUGGCGUAUUAAUAAUGGUAAAGAUCGUGUUAAUAUGAAACACGAGAAAUUGGCAGUUGGUAAUUCACACGUCCUGGUAGAAGCAAAUAAAGAGGAAGAACUCGGCACUUUCGAAGUUGUAAUUUAUGCUAAAGAUUAUUUUGAUCGUUUUAAUGAAAAUAUCGAAGUAAAAAAUAGCCGAUAUGUUAUUCCUUUUGGUGUUAAGGAUCUUAGCAAAGAUUAUCAUUUAAAUAUUCAUAUCUCACCAGAUAGUUAUACAUGCACCUUAUAG